AGAUUCAUGCAGGUUUCUUCUGAGACACUACAAGCCAUUACUUGUUAAAGGGAACAUGACAGGCACAAAGCAAAGCCACAAAGGUAAUCCUUGUCAGCUCAUCAAUGAAUGAUCGUGAUCAGAGUCUUUUCGUGAGCACAGAUGAGGGAGCCAACUUUCAAAAACAGCAGAUUUCCUUCUCUCUCGAGACACUGGUUUUUCACCCGAAAGAGGAAGAUAAGUUACUUGUGUACAGCAAGGAGGGCUGGCUUUAUUUUUCUGCUGAUCUUGGCAAGAAAUGGGAAUUACUGCAGGAACGAGUGACAAAGGAGCGAUUUUAUUGGUCUGUGACAGGAGUUGACAGUGACCCUGAUUUGGUUCACAUGGAAAUUCAGGACAAGAGUGGAGGCUUUCUUUAUGUCACCUGCCACCUUGCGAACUGCACUGAGAAAGCGCUAAAAGCUCAUUUCUCUGGAAAUAUAGAUCAGAAUUCGUUACUCGUCAAUGAUGACUACAUUUUCAUUCAGGCAACUUCUGAAAAUCGGACCAAGUAUUAUGUCUCUUACCGGAGAGGCGAGUUUAUUCAGAUGAAAUUACCAAAGUAUGCCCUACCAAAGGACAUGCAAAUCAUCAGUACAGAUGAGAAUCAGGUAUUUGUGGCUGUUAAGGAGUGGCAUCAGACGGACACCUAUAACCUCUACUUGUCGGACCUGAAGGGUGUGUACUUUACUCUCGCUCUAGAGGAUGUCAGGAGUACCAAACAGCCAGAAGAAAAUGUUGUGAUCGAUAUUCAUGAGGUGCAGGGAAUUAAAGGGGUUUUCUUGGCUAAUAAAAAAUCGAAUGGUAAAGUGAAGACCUACAUCACUUACAACAAGGGCCGUGAUUGGCAACUACUGACUCCGCCUUCCACUGACAUGAAUGGCAAACUAACAAACUGCCAUCUGCCUGAAUGCUCUGUUCAUCUGCACCUUCGUUGGGCUGACAACCCAUAUGUAUCAGGCACUGUUCACACCAAAGAUUCAGCACCAGGACUUAUAAUGGGAGCAGGAAACUUAGGAGCCCAGCUGGUUGAGUACAAGGAAGAUAUGUACAUAACCUCCGACUGUGGCAAUACAUGGAGGCAGGUGUUUGAGGAAGAACAUCAUAUUCUUUACCUUGACCAUGGUGGUGUUAUUGUAGCUAUCAAGGAUACCUCGAUCCCUCUGAAGAUAUUAAAAUUCAGUGUAGAUGAAGGAUAUACUUGGACAACGCAUAAUUUCACAAGCACUUCUGUCUUUGUAGAUGGGCUACUUAGUGAACCAGGAGACGAAACACUGGUUAUGACGAUAUUUGGUCACAUCAGCUUCCGUUCAGAUUGGGAAUUGGUAAAGGUGGACUUCAGACCAUCCUUUAACAGACAAUGCUCACCUGAUGAUUAUGACUCAUGGGAUCUCAUGAACCAGGAUAAGCAUUGCAUCAUGGGAGAGCAGAGACAAUUCCGUAAACGAAAAACAUCCUCAUGGUGUAUUAAAGGAAAGAACUUCACGUCAGCCCUUACAUCAAAACUUUGCCAGUGCACAGAGUUUGAUUUUGAGUGUGACUACGGCUUUGAACAACAAGCUAAUGGCAGAUGUGUCCCAGCAUUUUGGUACAAUCCAGACUCACCUUCUGAAGACUGUAAAUUUGGACAUACAUACACCAAAAGCUCUGGAUACAGGAAGGUGGCACUGAAUGCCUGUAAGGGUGGCGUGGACAAGCGACAGAGCUCCAUGCAGCGCCGAUGCCCAAUAAUGGCUCCUAAAGGGCUCCGUAUAGUGACAAAAGGAGAAAGACUAGCAGUCAACCCUGGUGAUGAUGUUACAUUCUUGAUAAUGCAGAAUCAGGGUGAUACUUUAAACACAAAAUAUCAAGUGGAUCUUGGAGAUGGUUUCAAGGCAAUGUAUGUCAACCUCACACUGAUGGAUGAACCAAUUCAACAUAGAUAUGAGAAACCAGGAAUCUACCGUGUCUCUGUGAAAGCAGAAAACACUGCAGGGUCUGAUGAGGCCAUGGUUUACAUUCAAGUGAAUUCACCUCUCCAAGUUGUGCAUCUGGAGGCACUGCCAGUCAUUCGCAGGAACCAGCGAGUGAAUCUGACAGCAAUAGUGCGGCCCAACAACACCAACCGCACAGUCUUCCAGUGGUGGCUGGGGGACAGCCUUGAGCCUCGUCUUACCCUAGAAAACAGUCUCAUAACCAGCUUUAGUGAGAAUGGUCAGAUUAAAGUCACAGUCCAAGCUUCAUGUGGUAGUUCCAUGGUUCAAGACUCUAAGGUGGUGAGGAUAUUUGAUCAGUUGGAAGUGCUACCUCUUGAAUUUUCUCAGAACAUUGACAGUUACAAUCCUAAUGUACCAGAAUGGAGGGAAGAUAUCGGACAGGUUAUAUCGAGGAUUUUAGCAGAGAAAACAGGCAUGCCUGAGGACUUACUUAUAACAGUGGUGAGAGUGGGUCUGCCCACCACAGCAGAACUGUAUCUGCUUCCCCCAUCAGAGAAACCAAAGAGGAAAAGAAGCACAACUGCUGACAAGGGUAUUGAAUCCUUAAUAGAAGCUCUGACAGAGAAUCAGGUAAAAAUUUCUCUGAAACCAGGGGUGGAAGUGACUGUUACACUGGCCGAUUACAGAGCAGUUUCCCAGAAAACCAUUGGAGGGAAAGGUGUGCUGAUUGUCGUUAUUAUGUUUGUGAUCUGUCUGCUCAUCGUUGGAGUUUUCAUUUUACACAAGUUCAAGAGGAAGAUACCUGGGCGGAAUGUGUAUGCACAGAUGCAUAAUGAAAAGGAACAGGAAAUGACCAGCCCUGUCAACCACAGUGAAGACACGCAGCACAUCAUACAAGGCGAAGAGUAUAUUGACGAUGAUUUGGACUCCCAGACGCUAGGUAACGGAAGAGGUGGUCACUCUUCUGUGGUUCUCAGCAUAAACUCCCGGGAAACGCACCAUUAUUUGAGUAGCUGAUGUUUACUCCGGAUGAAGUGUUAAGACUCACCACCAUUUUGUUUUGUUGUUCCUGGGGUUGGGAGGAGGUGAAGCAGUGAAGUGAACUGCAUUGUGGUGAUGGGACUGUGGGUAAUCUCACCUUCAGUAGUUACCAAAUCUUCAAUCAAGCAUCAGAACGUUUCGAAGCACCCUUACAGAGAGAGUGACGUCAUGGAAUGGAACCCUGAAAUGACCAUUCCAAGCAUUGCAUCUUUCUAUGAAUGAGCACUGAUGGGCUGGGAAACAAACUGCCUCAAUAUGCUGUUAUGUGAAUUCCUCUCUAUUUCCCUUCUUGCAAGCUUUUUGAAAAAACGAUGCGUACAUUGCAGGUUUGUCACUUCCCAAUUGGAUGUACCUUUUGUUUCCAUUCCACUGAAUUAAUUUUUUUACAUUUGAAAUAUGUUCUAUCCUAAUGUGAUCUUGAAAGGGUAAAUAAGUUGUCAGUUCUUCCUUUGGAUGUCAAACGAUCUUGUUUGUUCAAUCAUAGAGGUAUAACCUUUUGUCUUCACCACAUUGAACCUGUAGAAUGUACCAUUCGAGGAUAUGAAAUGCCAGCAGUUCUGUAAUUGGGAGGGAGUGAUUCAUUCCACCAGCUGAUCUGUCCCCAUUGUAUCAAAAACAAACAUUUACCAUAGUUUUCUAGCCCAUUCUCAUGGCAUCCCUAUCCUGUUACAAGUUAACAUGAAUCUUCAUUCUAAUUGUCCAAUUAACUUCCUUUUCUUGAACUUUUUCUUCCCUACAAUAAGAUGAGACAUUUGGAUGUUUUUAUGUGCUGUGUCACAUUGUAGGUGAGGUAAUUACUUGAUUUAAUCACCCAUUUUAGUUGACUGUCCAAUUGGAAAGAGUAAUGGCUAUAAAUGAAUUGGCAGUAAUAGUCCCUCAUCUCUGAACCCUUGGACAGUAGUCUUCUGCAAACUCUGCUUAAAGUAGAGUUAUCAAGCAGCAUUUAAUCAGCAAUAACCUGUUAGGGUCUCCAGGGGUAUUUAGUUACUGACCUGAAUGCAGUUUUGGUUCAAACAGAGGUCAGGUGAAUAUCACUGCCGGUGAUAUCAAAGUAACAUUUGACCAAGUGAGGCCCCAAGGACCCCCAUUAAAUUUGAAUUGGAUGGAAAUUCCCCAUCAUUUGGAGUCAUACCUAGCAGAUAGGAAGAUGGUUGUGGUUGUUAGAUGUCAGUCAUUUUAGUUCCAGGACAUCUCUGCAGCAGUUCCUCAAAGUAAUGUCCUAGGCCCAAACAUCUUCAGCUGCUUCAUCACUGAUGUUCCCUUCAUCAUAAGGUCAGAAGUGGGGAUAUUCACUGAUGAAUGCUCAAUUCAGGACAACUCUUCAAAUACUGAGAUAGACAGGGCCUGCUUGCAGCAAGACCUGGACAACUUUCAGGCUUGAGUUAAUGGGUGGCAAGAAGCAGUUGUACCACACAGGUGCCAAGCAUUUACCAUCUCCACUAAGAGAUAAACAAAACAUCUCUUGCUGUUCAACAGCAUUAGUGUCACUGAUUCCCCACUAUCAACAUCCUGGGGAUUACCAGACCUGGACCAGCCAUAUAAGAACUGUAGUCGGAAGACCAGGUCAGAGGCUAGAAAUUCUGCAGCAACUAACACAUCUCCCCAAAACCUGUCCAACAUUCAUGAGGCAUGAGUCAGGAAUGUGAUGGAAUACUCCCCACUUGCCUCAGAGCCACAACAAGAUUCAACAAGGCUGACACUACCCAGGAAAAACAGUCUAUUUGAUGGUCAUCCAAUCACCCAACUGCAACAUUGACUUCCUUCACCUUCAGUACACAGUGGCAGCAGAGUGUGCCAUCUACAAGAUACAUUGCAGCAAUUUCUAAGGCUCUUUUGACAGCACCACAACCAUUACUAUCUACAAGCACACCACCACCUAAAGUUUUCCUGCAAUCCACACACCAUCUGGACUUGGAACUGCAUUGGUAUUACUUCGCUGUCCCUGGGUCAGAAAAACUGGAACAAUCUUGCCUAACAGCAGUGUGUGUACCCACACUAUGCGCAUCAGGCAGCUCACUAACAUCUUCACUAAAAUGGCUAGGGAUGGACAACCAAUGCUGACCUUACCAUCGGUACGCACACUUCAAAUAAAUGAAGAAAAAGAAAGCAACAGCUUAUUACUUUAAAUUGGAGUCACUUGUUAAGUGAAAGUUUUUUUGCUUGUGCUUUAUUUCCAAAUGAAAUAAACAAGUUCAUUUACACCAGACAGUAGUCCUCAGCUGGAGUGUUACGUUGAAUUCUAGGCACCACAGAGAAGAAAGUUGAGGCCCUGGAAUGGGAGCAGAGGAGAUUUACCAUAUUGGUACCAAGGAUGAGCAACUUCAGUUAAGUGAAGAGAUUGCAAAAGCUAUGAUUCUUCAGCUUAGUGCAGAGAGGUUUGUGAGAAUGUUUAAUAGAGGAAUAGUACCACAGAGUAGCAAAACAGUCAGCUGUACAUGAUUUCAGUUUCCAAAUGACUCAACUAUUGAUAAUUGCAUCCUUUCAAGAUCUUAGAGGUGUCAUUUUUUUUUUCAGUCUAUCCUGGUUAUUUACAGCUGAGUAAAAGAAAGGGAAGUUCACAAAUGCUUGAAAAUAAAACAGUGCAUCUGAAAAGAAGAGGAAUUAAUAUUUUGAAUGGAAGUAUUGUUUGAGAGGUGACCUGGUUGAAGUAUAUAAAAUAUUGAAAGGAUUAAAUAGUGUAAAUGCAGAGAAGUUUCUUCUGAUGGAGGUCAUCCAGAACAAUCUUUGGAUCAGAGUUAGACUAUUUCGAAGCAAACUCCAGGCAGAUUCCUUCAAUGGUAUUGGGAAUCUGGAAUUCUCUCUCCUGUGAAACACUUAGAAUUUUGAGGAUUGAGUUUUGUUAGGUAUUGGUACCAAGUGAUUUAGAACAACAGCAAGGCGCUAGAUUGAGGUGAAGAUCAACCAUAGUCUAACUUAAUGGUGAAGCAGGCACAAGAGGCUCAAUGGCGUGCUUCUGUCCCUAUUUUUCUUUGACUGAUACUGGGAAACAUUAGUGACUCAGAUCCUGGAGGCUCCUCUGUAAUUAGUUGUAUUGCCAUUUUGUACCAAUAUUGAAUGUACAAACAAAAAGCAAUGGACUGACAGUGACUGUAACUAAGAACAAUAACAUUCAACAUCUAAUAUCAUUAAUGGUUGAAGGGGUCAUGUGGAGGAAUAUUCCAUCAUUUUAGCACUGAAGAAAAGCUGAGGAUAUCUGCGAGUACACUUUAAAUCUGUCACAUGUAACCUUAAAGCAUGUUUCAUUUAUUCAGAAUUUGCUACUACCACCACCAUAAUAAUGUAUAUGUAGAUUAUGAUCCACUAGUGUUGGCAGUCUUGUUUAUUUGGGAUGACAUUGCUGGCAGCAUAAGAUGGACGAACGUUUCCGCUCUUAUUGUUCCACUGUACAGUAGCUGUAGGUGCCUCGUGUGUUGUUUCUAUGCCCCCUUUGCUGACUCAAGACAAGAUAACUGAAGCAACUGAAAAUUUUUUUUUUAUAAUGUUCUGUAACAUUUAGAAUUCUAUGAAUAUUAUGUCAUGUGGUGUAAAUCCCUAAAGCUUUCAUAUAAGUGCAAUGUCACAGGUGACUUUGCUCGUGCUCCCUGUGCCCCAUCCCCCCUCCACCCCUCACCCCUUCUCUCUUUCUCAGAACAGGUUGAUAUGAGACCGCUACUCUAUCAUGACCGCACUGCAACAUUUGAUAUACUGUUUCAUUUAGUGCUGUUUGUCAUGGCCAUUUAAACUACCUUUGCUGCAUAAAUCAUCCACUCAGCUCCUGUCCUUAUUACAGCCUUGGUUCAAACAUGGACAAAAGAGCUGAAUUCCAGAGGUGAGGUGAGAGUGACAGCCCUUGAUGUCAAGGCCACAUUUGUCUGAAUGUGGCAUCAAGGAGCCCUAGAAAAACUUGAGUCAGUGGGAAUCAGGAGAGAAACUCUCUGCCAGUUGGAGUUAGACCUGACACAUAGCAAGAUGGUUGUGGUUGUUGGAGGUCAGUCAUCUCAGCUCCAGGACACCUCUGCAGGAGUUCCUCAGGGUGGUGUCCUAGGCCCAACUAUCUUCAGCUUCAUCACUGAUCUUCCACCAUCAUAAGGUCAGAAGUGGGGAUGUUUGCGAAUGAUUGCACAAUGUUCAGUAACAUUCGCGACUCCUCCGAUACUAAAGCAGUCAGUGUAACAAAAUCUAGACAAUAUCCAGGCUUGGGCUGAAAAGAGGCAAGUAACAUUUGCACGAGACAAGUGCAGUGCAAUAACCAUCCUCAAUAAGAGAGAAUCUAGCCAUCACUGUUUGAAAUUCAAUGGUGUCACCGUGACUGAAUCCCCCACUAUCAACCUUCUGGGGGUUACCGUUUAGAAGAAAUGUAACUGUACUAGUCAUGCAAAUACUGUGGCUGCAAGAGCAAAAUUAUGCAGCAUGUAACUCACCUUCUGACUCCCUAAAACCAGUUAAUCAUCUACAAGGCACAAGCCAGAAGCCUAAUAGAAUAAUCCCCAUUUAUCUGGAUGAGUGAAGCUCCUACAACACUUGAGAUGCUUAACACUAGCCUGCAGUCAGCCAGCACCAGCACAAAGCAGCCAGUUUGAUUGGCACCACACCCACAAGCAUCCACUCCCUCCACCAUUGAUGCUCAGUAGCAGCACUAUAUACUAUCUACACUGCAGACGUUCACGCAGGUUUGUUAAACUGCACUUUCCAAACCCACCACCACUUCCAUCUUUGAAGGACAAGGGCAGCAGGUACAUGGGAACACUACCAGCGGAGUUAAUCUCCAAGCUACUCACCAUCGUGACUUGGAAAUGUGUCACCAUUCUCUCAUUGUCUCUGGAUAAAAAUCCUGAAACUCCCUGCCUAAAAGCAUUGUGGGUCUACCUACAGCAAAUGAACUAUACCUCUUUAAGAAGGUAGCACCCCACCACCUUCUCAAAGGCAACUAGUAAUGGGCAAUAAAUGCCCAGCCAGAGAUGCCCACAUCCCACAAGUGAAUUAAAAAAAAAUCACAGCACUGUCAUAAUGAAUGAUAUGUUGAUCAGGUGAAAAAAGUGUCACUUCAUCUGAAAGAUGCUUGUGUAGGACAUUAAAUCUUGGCAAUACAAUAUUGGGAUGAAUGUCCUGUUUUGUGCUAUGUAUACAGCCAUGUAAUGGAGGCUGAACAGCCAUUAGAGCAGAGUUGGGGUUUAACUGGUAACCCAUUAUUUACAAGGUUGUGCCUGAGAGUGAAUGGACUCGGGAUAUGUUUAAGGUAUAGCUGAUGAGACUAAACAAGUUAUUGUUCCAUGAAUAAUAUUCCUUUUGGGCAUUUUGGAAGACAAAGCUUUAUUUUAUCAAUUAAUGUACUGAGUUACAAGCCAACUUUGAUUUUGCUUUAGCUGAAUAUAUUAUUCACCAUCUUAAUCUUUCUUAUUUCCAUAAAUGGGCUGGUCUCUCUGUCAUUCCUUUUGACUAGACAGAUCAGUAUUCUUCAUGAUAACCAUUCAUGUGACUAGCUGACAAGACACUAGUUGGCUUGCUUACUUCUACCAGGCUCUUCAUCUAGCAGCCACUCUCACCAGGCCCCUCUGUGAUUGACGCCAUGUCGAUUUUGACUUCAGUGAUAAGAGGUAGCACAGUACUAGACACAAAUGAAAUGUUAUUUAAAAAGGCAUGGGGCUGAAUAUCCUCACAGUGUCUUGUCAUUGGUCACUCGCAUAAAUUCUUGGCAGGAGAAAUUGGGAGGACAUACCCCACACCUCUUCCUGUUCUCUUUACCCAGCCCGUGCUGUAGUGGGAACUUGACUUUUUAGUUGGGGGUUUCCUGAACCCUGUUAGUAGUGAGUUCAUAUGUAAAGAGGGAGAGGAAAAAGCCAUGCUUCAGUCUCUUCUGCAGGAUUAUACUCUCUAUCACCCUAUUGGUCUGGCAUCAUGAGCAAUGGCAUCGAGGAGGUGUAUAUUCAGGACUGUCAGUGACCUCAGAGGAGCAGUCAUGAUAUCAUGGUAUCUGUGCCAAUUUACUAGGUAGGAAAAUGGCAGGUCAACAAAAUGUAAUCUGUAAAGUGUACUAAUUGCAAUUUUCUUAAUUAAGGUUUUUUUUAAAGGAAAACGUUGUAUGCAGGAAUCCACUGAUUUUGCAAUGAGAAUUAUCUGCAUUUUUGUAACAACAAGCCCCAGAUUGUGAGAUAUUAGGCAGUUAUUUCACAUUACCUUCAGUCUGUCUGGUUAUAAACCAGUGUCCUUACAUGGAACAUUUAUGCUGCCUCAGAUGGUAUCUGAAAGGUUCAGUGUCCAGUUUGUUUUAAACCACCUGUGCUCACAGCUGCACUCUAAUUUACCUAAUACCCAAUGCAUUCAGUAAUUCACUUUCAAACUGGCAAUUAUAGCUCUUUAUACGGUAUUUGUUGGACAGUGCUUUUAAUGGAAUAUUCGAGUUUAAUGAAAAAAAAUUAAAAGCACUUUAAUUGAUGAACACACACUCAUUCACACUGGAUGGUCUGUAUAAACAUGGCAAGUUACCUUGGGAUUUCAAACAGGAAGAAUGCUGUUUGUUUUCAUUAAACGAGAGCCCUGCCUCUGUUGGUGCAGGGAGACAUUUGGUCAAUAAAAUCUGUUUGUAAGAUGCACUCUGCAGUUGAAUUGGUGACACUGCACACAACACAGAUAUACCCACAUGAAUUGUAUGAUUGGUAAAUUGAGUCUGUUCUUUGUAUGUUGUUUUUGUAUAUACUUUCCCAGGUCACAAUUUUUUUAGUAGUUAUAGUAAUGUUUGUAGACUGCUAGACUUGCUAGACAUACUUGUUGCAACAAAAUGAUGAACUCUGUAUAUUUAUUUGUUUGGAGAUGCUACUUAUAAUUGUUAACAUAAAUCCACAAUCUCAUUGAAAGUGUAAUCAAUGAACUAUGUCUAAUUUCAGUGCACAGAGAACAAGUGCACAUAAAUGCCUGAAUGCGGUACUUAUUUUGUUUAACGGGAUCUUUUCAAUCUUAAUAUUUUGAUUAAUGCACUGUGUAUAAUUAAUUUUUACAAGCUGUUGGGCUAAGUAACGUGCUGUGUAUUCGAUCGCAUUCAAAGGUCUGCCUUUAUGUGAAUGUGAAUGCACUUGAAACUUUGUUUAAUAAAUACCUGGAUCCAAA